CUGACCCUGCAGGUCCUGCAGGUCCUGGAGGUCCUGGCGGAGCUGAGAGAAGGUGGAUCUGGUCCCUGUGUGCUCUGGGUCACCUUGCCUGGCAGCCAGCGUUGCAUUGCCAUAUAAAGACAAAACGUCUUUGAUUCCUGUUUCUGCAGAGUUGCGUGUCACUUCCUUCCUCGUAGAUUUGAAUAGAUCGUGGUGGCCCUGCGCUCGGUGGCGACUGGCUCACGAGCAGCAAGCAGAGCAGCACGGAGCAGCCGAGACACACGACCAUCAUCAGCCUCCUCACGCCGACAGCAGCAGCAGCAGCCUCAGUUUCAGGUUCCAGCAUGGCCGCCCCGAUACAGAUCUCCCCGGAGGAGGAGGAGGAGCUGAGGGAGGCCUUCGCCAAGAUCGACGUGGACAAUAACGGCUUCAUCAGUAAGGACGAGCUCACCGAGCUGUUCAGAGCCGCCAACCUGGCUCUACCGGGUUACCGCAUCCGAGAGAUCGUACAGGAGCUGACCAAGACCAGCGACCAGCUCACCUUUGCCGAGUUCACGCAGAUGGUCCAGGGCCUGAAGAGCUCUGAGGUGGCGAAGACCUUCAGGAAGGCCAUCAACAAGAAGGAGGGACUCUGCAGCAUUGCUGGGACAUCGGAGCAGUCGGGCACACAGCACUCCUACUCCGAGGAAGAGAAGGUUGCGUUUGUUAACUGGAUCAACAAAGCUCUGGAGAAGGACGGAGACUGUAAACACGUGCUGCCCAUGGACCCCAACACCGACGACCUGUUCACUGCCAUGGGGGACGGCAUCGUGCUCUGUAAGAUGAUCAACCUGUCCGUCCCUGACACCAUCGACGAGAGGACCAUCAACAAGAAGAAGCUCACGCCCUUCACCAUCCAGGAGAACCUGAACUUGGCUCUGAACUCAUCCUCGGCCAUUGGCUGCCACGUGGUGAACAUCGGAGCGGAGGACCUGAAGGAGGGCCGCCAGCACCUGGUCCUGGGUCUGCUGUGGCAGGUCAUCAAGAUCGGACUGUUCGCCGACAUCGAGCUCAGCAGGAACGAAGCUCUCGUGGCUCUGCUCAGGGACGGGGAGAGUCUCGAGGACCUGAUGAAACUCUCUCCUGAGGAGCUGCUGCUGCGCUGGGCCAACUAUCACCUGGAGGAGGCCGGAGCAGGCAAGAUCAACAACUUCAGCUCCGACAUCAAGGACUCUAAAGCGUACUUCAACCUGCUGAACCAAGUAGCUCCUAAAGGGGACGAGGACGGCGUCCCGGCCAUCACCAUCGACAUGACGGGAAUCAGAGAGAAGGACGAUCUGCAGCGAGCAGAGUGCAUGCUGGACCAGGCGGAGCGGCUCGGCUGCAGACAGUUCGUCAUGCCUACGGACGUGGUUCGAGGAAACCCCAAACUCAACUUGGCGUUCAUUGCCAACCUGUUCAACAAAUACCCUGCGCUGAAGAAACCCGAGAACCAGGACAUCGACUGGAGCUCCAUCGAGGGUGAGACGAGAGAAGAACGAACCUUCAGGAACUGGAUGAACUCGCUGGGAGUCAACCCUCGAGUCAACCACCUCUACGCGGACAUUGAGGACGCUCUGGUGAUCUUCCAGCUGUAUGAGAAGAUAAAGGUCCCGGUGGACUGGGACAAAGUCAACAAGCCUCCAUACUCCAAACUGGGCAGCAACAUGAAGAAGCUGGAGAACUGUAACUACGCUGUGGAGCUGGGGAAGAAGGAGGCCAAGUUCUCUCUGGUGGGGAUCGCAGGCCAGGACCUGAAUGCCGGGAACCGCAAGCUGACGCUGGCUCUGCUGUGGCAGCUCAUGAGGAGGUACACUCUGAACAUCCUGGAGGAUCUCGGAGACGGGCAGAAAGUGAUCGACGACACCAUCGUGGCCUGGGUCAACGGCACGCUCACAGAGGCCGGGAAGGCCACCAUCUCCAGCUUCAAGGAUGGCUCCAUCAGCAGCAGCAUGCCGGUCCUGGACCUGAUUGACGCCAUCCAGCCCGGAUCCAUCCGGUACGACCUGCUGAAGGCUGAAGACCUGACGGAGGAGGAGAAGCUCAACAAUGCAAAGUACGCCAUCUCCAUGGCGAGGAAGAUUGGCGCCCGGGUGUACGCGCUGCCGGAGGACCUGGUGGAGGUCAAACCCAAGAUGGUGAUGACGGUGUUCGCCUGCCUGAUGGCUCGCGGCAUGAAGAGAGCGUGAAUGCCCAGAAACACUGUGGUUGUUUAACGGGUUCAGAGCUGAUGAGCUACUGCUGUCUGUUACAUUUAAACAUCUUCUGGAUCAUUGAGCUCUUUCUGUUACAAUAUUUCUACCAGUUAUUGAGUGUGACUCCGGUCUCACCUGCUCAGGUGUUCUUACUUGAUUAGAAACGUGUUCAAAUCACAAACUUUCUGCCAAACCUACGAAACAAAUAAACAGAUUUUUUGUAUUAAAA